AUGAAGAACCGUGAAAACAGUGAUGAAAUUUGCAGAAAAAACCUCACAAAUGACGAACUUAUUGGUAAAAAGUAUACGUUGAUGUCUGCGAAUAAGCCGACCAAUGAAAAGAGUCGUUUCUUGGCACGUGAUACGCCUGACCUAUCAGCACGCGGUGUGUUACCUCGAUACGAGAUACACAGAAUGGACCAUGACAUCAAGAUAGUAGACAUGGAUUACAGGCCAUUUUCAAAUCGACUAGCUGCUCCACUACCUAAUAUUGGUUCAUCUAGUCCGGCACCACCCGGCUUUGACAAUCAGCUGGUGCCGUUCAGUGGUCGCAAAUCGCAGCUUUCCAGUAUACAGGAUUACAGCGAAGGCACUAGAAUGAAUCAAUUGGAGCAGAGGUUGUCAAUUUCAGAACGAUCAAAUAGAGCUCUUUUAGAAGAAGUUGUUAGAUUACAAGGAGAAUUAAAACAAUCCCACCGAAAAACAGAAGAAACUUUAGCCGCUGAACGACAAGCGCGACAACACCUUGCCGAAAAUUUACGUUCCAGCAAUGACCUCAUUGGUCAGUUGGGAGCAAGACUUAAACGAGCAGAGGAGAAAGUGCAGGAUGAGAGAGCGGCCGUAGGAGCGUUAGUUAAUCACACGAAACAAGUAGAGCAAGCAGUAUUAGGCAGUCAACAAGAAAUACUCUCUAGGAGAGACCAACAGUAUGCAAAAAUUGCCGAUCUUCGGAAUGAUUUAGACGAAGCCAACCGAAUGCGCGACCAACUAGAACGUGCUACGACCACGAUGGUUGACGAAGUACGAACUUUAAAAAGCAAAGUAGAUACACAACAAAUGGAGUUUAAUUCUAUUAUGCACGAGUUGAAAGAGCGCUCCAAAAGGCUUGAAGAAGACAAUAGGCAGGCUAUUGUAGAGGCUAGAAAACAUGUUGAUGAUCGCAACUUCACUGAGCAGGAAGUCUCGCAACUCCGACUUCUUAUGAGUAGUAGGUUAGGAGAAGUUCGAGAUGCUUUACUAGAUGUUCGGAAUAGAAUGACAUCAGAAGAAGCUGAGCGGAGGCAAAACGAGAAUCAAAUCCAUAUGAGGAUGAAUGACAUGCAAGCCCAGGUGCACGAACAGGCACGGAAACGAGAUGAGGCCAUGCACGCACUGGAUCAAAUCCAGCGAGAAAGAGAACAUGCGACAGACAACGAACGAGUUAAAAUGCAAGGAAAAAUUGCGGAAAUCGCGGAAGAAGUCAGCAAGAAAAUUUUACAGAAAGAAAUAAAGCUUCGAGAAGAAGCGCAACAAAAAUUUGCCAAUGUAGAAAAGAUGCUACACGCUGAGCAGUCUGCCAGAAUCACCCACGAGCAGGCUAUGAGGGAAGAAAAUGAGAAGCGAUGGUCUGCGUUGCAAAAAUUAACAGAAGAUGAAGUCCUUAAUGUACGGGAAGGUCACAAGUUGACAAGCCACAAACAGACGGACGGACUCAUUAAGGUAAAUGACGCUAUUGAAAUGUUAGAAAAACAACAAUCUGAGACGAAAAAGCAACUUGAACAAGUAAUGAAAGCAGAAAUCAAAUCAAGACAAUUACAAGACAGACACAUAGAAGACAAAAUAGAAGAUGUACAAGAAAAACUUGGUGUCGCCAUAGCAACUUUACAGCAAGCAAUUGGUGGGAUAAAUGAACAGGUGAAUGAGGUGUCGUAUUCGGCACAAGACAAAAUGAAGUCUCUGUUAGAUGACCAGAACCAGAGUGGACUUCGUGGUUUAGCAGAUUUGGAUGCCAGGGUGAUGGCGCUUAAUACCAAAGUACAAAAACAAGAAGAGUUAUUAGAUAUGAAAGUAGCGGAGGCAUUACGGACCAUGGAAGCUCUUAAAGAUGAGAGGGGGGUAAAGAGACAAACAGACACACAGUCAGAAAGUCUUGAAGAUAUUAACGAUUGGAGAGAUAGCACCGAUAAGAUAUUGAAAGAAUUGAAAGAAAAAAUGGAUGAUGUUGGACCUGAAAUUUCUGAUAUGAACAGAACAAACGAGAAAGUACAAGAAGAUAUGAAGGGGCUGGUGGAACAAGAAAACAAAGAAAGAACGCGUGAUGUACAGAUGGUGAGACAUGAUUUAGACACAAAACACAAGCAACUGAGAGCGGAAAUUGCCAAACUAGAAACACAAAUCACCAAUGGUGGUGGAACCGCAGCAGCGCCUAUACCUGUCUCGCAGAAGGAAAAGCUUUCCCAAGGAAAGAAAGGAAAACUAGAUGAAGAGACAGCGGAAAGAAUGGAACUAAUGGAGGAAGAUAUUAAGAAGAUCAACCAAAGGGUAGAUGAUUUGAAAGAGGAGAGUGAUAAGACAAAUGAAAGUGUACAGACUGUAAGAUCGCAUCUUAAUGUGAAAAUACAGAAUGAAACGAAACAGACUCGAAAGAACAUAGCCGAUUUGAGAAUUCUACAUGAAGGUCUAAAGAAAAGGGUUGACGACAUGGAUGCUGGAAGGAGUAAGAUUUCAUCUCCAAAACCCAGAGAUGAAACGCCACCACCCAAAGAGGAUUCACCGCCACCCAAAGAUGAUUCGCCACCACCCAAAAAUGAUUCACCGCCACCCAAAGAGGAUACACCGCCACCCAAAAAGGAUACACCGCCACCCAAAGAGGAUACACCGCCACCCAAAGAGGAUUCUCCGCCACCCAAAAAGGAUUCACCACCACCUAAAGCAGAUUCGCCAGCACCCAAAUAGGAUUCGCCACCACCGAAAGAUGAUUCACCGCCUCCAGAAACUAAAUAUGAUCGAAAGUCUGAGGGCGGAGAUGUGCCAGCUGAUGAAGGUCCUGGAGGUAGUAAUGAGAACACUGACAAACCAACUUCCAAAAGUUA